UCGUCGCCGCCGCCGCCGCCGUCGUCGUUAUUCCCCGAGUCUCGACUCCCGUGUUCCGACGGUCUCGGCCACCAGUAGUAAACACUUGUUCAGUAUGCGAGCACGCCGUUCACGUUUACGCUAGGUGCUUCCGUCGGCUGAUCAGUUUUCUAUAUUUAUCAUUUUUGUUGUUCUCAUUCGCUCUUCCUCCCGAAGACGCUCGUUGUUUAUCUCUGUUAAAAAAUUAAUCGUUUUUGUUACUACUGUUUUUUUUUUUUUUCGUUUUUUUGUCGUUGAUUUUGUUUUAGUUUUUUUUUUCGGUACGACACGGUUGUACCUCUGAUUACUACCCAUAUUGACUAUAAUAUCGUUUUGCGGUUUGAUUAAUGACUUCGGAAUUAUGGGCACAAACGGCGGUCAUCGACGAGUACACUCCGCGCACACACAGUUGACGGUGAUUUUUUUGGGAAUCCGGGAUCCGGAUGUCUUUGGAAUGUAAAACUAUGCUGCGAAAAAGAUUUCCAGGGGAAGUCCCUGUUAAAUUGGACGAUACGAUCAAGAUGAGUCCCAGCAACAACGAGAACAAAAACGUAAUGUGUCACUCUGACAAAUCUUCGCCGUCGGCCCCUUUAUCGGGUGGAAACUACUUACAUAAAAAAUUCAAAAAAAUUGCUACGGCAGACGAUUAUCCUGAAGUUGCUAUUCCUGCACCUGUAAUAUCCAGUGAUGAAUAUUCUCUCGAGGGUGUAUGGCGACAUAAAUGCCCAUAUUGUAAAACUGUAUGUACCAAACCAAGUGCGCUUGCUAAACAUUUACAAGUGCACUCUGAUGAACGUCCUUUCCCGUGCGAAACGUGCGGAUUUGCUUUUAAAACAAAGAGCAACCUAUCGAAACACUGUAAGUCCCAAUCUCACACAGAACGGUUGGCAAAAGAAGAACCAGAAGAGAUAAAGCCAAAAAUAUACAAACCGAAAUUUCGUACUGCCUCAAUACACACAAAAUCGGAAGAAUUAAAUGCACCAGAAGACCAUUCCCCACCAGUUCCAGAGAUGGUUCAAGUAUUACCAAACAAACAAGAAGAAGAUUCUUCUCAACCUUUGAAUUUGUCCGUAGUCGAUGCAGUUAAAAAAUGUCAACAAAAAUUGCCUCCCGUUGUUGUAAAUGGUCAAACUGAGCUAAAAGGUGUAUACAAGUUGCUAUUGAACCAAAUAAUUAAAUGUAAUGAAAAUAAAGAACAGCCUUUUUGUGAAAUGUGUGGCUUAAAAUUUAAUAGUCAAGAAGACUUGGUCAGACAUAUUUGUGAUCGAAGUCCAAAUGGAGUUAAAUAUCCAGAGCCCAAGACUGUAGCCAUGCCUCUUCCGUCACCAGGACCAUUGUUAGGACGCACACCGUUAGUUGAGUUUCACAGACCAAAGGAACCUGAUGUACAAAAACCAGUCGUUUUGCGAGUUGGUAAUUUGAUACAACAACAGGAUAUGAUCGCCUUAUUCCAAAGUAGUCGUGCUGUACCUUUCGUACCAGGUAUUCCAGGUCCACAUACUGCAAUACCUCACCAACUCCGGCCUCAGUAUGAACAGAAAUCGAAUGAUCCUCCACCCCCGAAAAAACCCAAAGUAGAUGACAAAUUUAUUGUUUCAACAUCUCAUCAUCAGAUUGCAACAACUACUACAACUACUAGUAGUACAGUGGCCCAGAAAUUUGUACGACCAACAUCAUUGGCAUUCAAACCAGGAACAUUCAGUACUAACCGCAUGCUGCCUAUGGUUAGUCCAGAUACUCCAAGACCAAAAAAGAGCUACCAACAAUUAUAUCUUAAUGGCCAUGCAUACACUUAUUUGGGUUUAAAAUGUACAACAAGAGUAUUUUUUUGUACGCUGACCAAAUGUCAACCCACAUAUACAAUUCUUCCGGAAGUUAAUACUAUAUCAAUGUACUCAAAUUGGAAGAUUUGUUCCGAUAUGGGAAGUAAUAUGCUAGGUGUUAGAGGGAUGGAUUUAUACGACUCAAGUCAGCGUAACCACAGAUACAUACAGGCUGGUCAAUCUCAUGAUUACAUAGUUGCCCAUUCAUCUUAUAAACAUCAACAAUCACCUGAUCAAACCAGUAGAGUUGAAACUAACACUUUGGGUAAAUUAAAGAUCUGCCCUGGAGGUUUUGAAUCCAACGAAGAUUAUGUAUAUGUCAGAGGCAGGGGAAGGGGGCGAUAUGUCUGUGCUGAUUGUGGAAUUCGUUGUAAAAAGCCUUCAAUGCUCAAGAAACAUAUCAGAACCCAUACUGACUUAAGGCCAUAUACUUGUACGCAAUGUACUUUCAGUUUUAAGACUAAAGGCAAUUUAACAAAACAUAUGAAGUCAAAAGCACAUUUCAAAAAAGGAGUUGAACAGGAUCAAAAUCCAAUGUCCAUGGAUGACAUUAAACAAUUAGAUUCUGAAGAUAUGGAAGACUACUCUGAAGAUAAUAUGGACGAAGAUGAUGAUAUUGAUGAUGAAGAUGAUGAAGAGGAAGCAGUAGAUAGACACGGAUGGCGUAAAACGCAAUCUGAUUUUGAUGCUGCACGUUCAUUAUUAAGACUUUCACAGGUCUGCCCAUCACAAAUACCUCAAUCAAAUCAUGCAAAAGCUGGCAUAUUGCCUUAUGAUCACCGGCCUGUAUCAUAUCCAUAUCAAUCACCUUUAACAUUGACUGAGCCUGAGGUAAAAAAUAAUCAUCAAUACCAGAAACAAAUAAGUCCACCUUUACAGUCUGGAAACAGUCUCUUAGUAUUAUCAUCUCCUGUUCCACCCACAACUGUUUUUAAUAACCCAGAGACGAUUCAAAAAACACCUACAGAUUUGAGGCAUAAUGUAAAUGCAAUUUUGAGUAGUAGUCCAAAAGCAGCGGUUAAUAAACCAAUGGAUCUUUCACGUUUCGGAGGCAGUAAAGAAUCAGAACAAAUAAAUAAACCUCAAGUAAUAUUGCAGUCCCCCAAAAAACCUAAAGCAUUAUUUCGACAACCAACAACAAAUGGUCCAUCACAAAAAUAUACCAGUAUUCUAGAAGAUGGGCGAAGUAAGUGUAUGGUGUGUGAUAAGGUAUUCAAUAAACCUAGUCAAUUACAAUUGCACAUUAAUAUACAUUAUUUUGAACAACCAUUCCGAUGUGAAGGCUGUAAAGAAUCAUUCCGAACUAAACAUUUGCUCCAAAAACAUUUGGACUCUAUCUCACAUUUGAAUAAAGUGAAUAUGAUGUCCACUCAAGGGCCCAUUGUUAAAAAUCCAAGACCAUUUGAAUGUGCUGAUUGCCAAGUCGGUUUUCGAAUUCAUGGACAUUUAGCUAAACAUUUACGGUCCAAAAUGCAUAUUCUUAAAUUAGAAUGUUUGGGGAAAAUACCAUUUGGAACAUAUGCUGAAAUUGAACGCUUAGGGUUGAAUUUAAAUGAUAUUGAUACAACUGACUGUGACAGUGCGUUAAAGAGCUUACAAGCUAGCCAAAAAGCCACAUAAUAAAAUAAUCAAUUAGAGUCAAUGUUAAAAAUUGGUUAAAUUUUUGUGUGGACAUUUUAUAAAGCGCUCAACGUGAAAAAAAAGACUGAUCUCUAGAGUUCGAGGGAUUGAACAACUAGAAAAAUGUGAUAACAAGAGACAUGAAACCACUCAAGAGGUAUUCCAAAGGAAUUACAGCCUAAUCACAGACUACAAAGAAGCUGAGCGGUUACACAUUUUUACCCAACCUAUUAAUAUAAAUACUAAUCUAUACUUAUAUUUAUAAUAUUUGAAAACUGGGUAUGUAAUAAAGAAUUUGGAAAACUAUGCAUAAGAAAUAAGUUAAUGUAUUUAAGUAUAAGAAUAUAUAUUAUACAUUUAGUAAAUAGAAAUGUAGUCCAAUGACAUUGGUCAAAAUUGUAUUUAUUGUACUAGCAAGACAAGUGAACAUGUAGCCUGUUAAAUGAUGUCAAUUCUCAUGAUGAUCUUCCUUAAAUUUGUGUUUUGGUUUUUAUUUUUUAGGGAUUUGAUUUUUAAUACUUAACUAUAGUUAAUUAUAUGAUGUAUUUUUUUUUUUGUGGCUACAAUAUUGCUCAGUUGAAUUGUGGCUAUAUGUAUUAUUUUUUGUCUACUUUUACUGAAAUUUGAAUAUAUCUAUCGAUAAAUUGACAUAAUUCAAAUAAAUUCAGUAACUGUUGAAAAACAUAAAUGUUUUAUGAUUUUUAAUAAACCAUCAAUCAAUUUACAA